UCUAAUGUGACUUCCGGUUGUCAGACUCUCCGCAGAUUCGGCGACCGCGGCGGCAGAGAAGGGGCUGCUGUGUGGCCCUAGGUCCCUGUGGCCGAGGUGUCGGUGGGCCCCAGGUGGGCUUGCGUCAUCCUGCUCCGGCUGCGAUGCAUCCGCGGCGCCCAGACGGAUUUGACGGCUUGGGCUACCGGGCUGGUGCCCGGGACGAGCAGGGCUUUGGCGGCCCUUUCCCUGCAAGGUCCUUUAGCUCUGGGUCAGAUCUGGGCCACUGGGUGACGACUCCCCCCGACAUCCCCGGCAGCCGCAACCUGCACUGGGGCGAGAAGAGCCCGCCCUACGGAGUGCCCUCCGCCACCACCCCGUUCGAAGGCUCCGCGGAGGAGCCCUUUCCCGGCGGCGGCGGCAGCGGCAGCGGCAGCGUGCAGGGGCCGAGCAGUGAACAGUUGAAUAGAUUUGCUGGAUUUGGCAUUGGACUUGCAAGUCUCUUUACAGAAAAUGUACUGGCCCAUCCUUGCAUUGUUCUACGCCGCCAAUGUCAGGUUAAUUACCAUGCUCGGCAUUAUCAUCUCACUCCAUUUACAGUCAUCAAUAUCAUGUACAGCUUCAACAAAACUCAGGGACCAAGAGCCCUAUGGAAAGGAAUGGGAAGUACAUUUAUUGUCCAGGGAGUCACACUUGGAGCAGAAGGCAUAAUUAGUGAAUUCACACCUUUGCCAAGAGAGAUUUUACACAAAUGGAGUCCUAAACAAAUAGGAGAACACCUUCUACUCAAAUCCCUAACUUAUAUAGUGGCAAUGCCGUUUUAUUCAGCAAGUCUAAUUGAAACAGUACAGAGUGAGAUAAUUCGAGAUAACGCUGGCAUUUUGGAAUGUAUUAAAGAAGGGAUUGGAAGAGUGAUAGGCAUGGGAGUGCCUCAUAGCAAACGGCUUCUUCCGCUUCUUUCCUUGAUCUUCCCUACGGUGCUUCAUGGAGUUCUUCAUUACAUCAUUAGUUCAGUCAUUCAGAAGUUUGUCCUACUAAUUCUAAAGAGAAAGACUUACAGUAGCCACCUACCUGAGAGUGCUAGCCCUGUGCAGAGUAUGCUGGAUGCUUAUUUUCCGGAACUUAUUGCUAACUUUGCUGCCAGUCUUUGUUCUGAUGUUAUCCUUUACCCAUUGGAAACAGUUUUGCACCGCCUUCACAUUCAAGGAACACGCACAAUAAUUGAUAAUACAGACCUUGGCUAUGAAGUACUUCCAAUUAACACCCAGUAUGAGGGAAUGAGAGACUGUAUCAACACCAUAAGGCAGGAAGAAGGAGUGCUUGGAUUUUAUAAAGGGUUUGGCGCUGUUAUCAUACAGUACACACUGCAUGCAGCCGUGUUGCAGAUUACCAAAAUUAUUUACUCUACACUUCUUCAAAAUAGCAUUUGAGAUUUAUGUUCCAUCACUGGUUAGUCCAGAAGACAUUAUCUGGAUGAUUUCCUAUGAAAUUAUGAGAGAUUAAAAGUGAAAUACUGGGGAAAAAAUGGAUUGGAAAGUAAAAUUGGUUUAAAAACAAGGAAAAAUCCAUGCUGAUUAUCUUGCCUUCCCAUUUUUUUUUAAGGCAUUGGUAUGUGUUUUGGGUCAAAAUACUUCCAAGUUUGAAACCUCAAUAAAAAUAACACUUAAAUAUAUAAAAUUCUAGUUAGUGUAGCACUCGUGGUGAAAUAAAAAUGAUGCUGGGCAGAAGCAAAAUCUAAUUAUCAAAUAUAAAACAAAAUUUCAUAGAACUGAAUCUAUCCCAUCUGACCUUAACAUUUGUUAUGUGUUUAUUUGACCUUGUAGACUGAUGUUUGCAUGUUAUCCUUAAUACAGUAUAAAAUCCUUAAUACGAUCUGGAGGUUUUACUUUUAAACAAAUAAAUUAUAUCAUCAUUGAAAAAGACUAGGAGGAUGAAAUUUGGAAAUCUGUAAGAGGAAAUGAAGGGUUUUAAAUUGCAUUGUCCCUAUGUAACUAUUUUAAUGGCUGUAUAUAUGUAUUUUAUAAAGCCAUUUGUACGCACAUAUGACUUGUAAUUUCCUUCAUCCCUACAAGUUGUCUACAUUUAGGUCAGCUUACUGCAUAAAUUAAGUCAUGUACUUUCUGCUUGAACAUCAAAUACAACAUCAAAUGCCAGGUGCCCAAAUGAUGUAAGUCAAAUAUAGCGUACUUGUCCAUAUCCAAACCCAGGAUUUCAGUGCCACAAAUUUAAAAAUCUGUCAUGUUUAUGAAGUUUGGUUUGCUUAGUUAGAAGUAUGAGUUGUCAGGCUACUUUUAGAGCCACUCUUUGAGAGAAUAUAAAACAAUCAUGAGAACUAUUACUGUUUCCACAUUUACAAAUUGUGUACUUAAGAAACCUCACUUGCCUUUCAUUUCUGAAUGACUUGUCUUAGAGGAAACUCUUGCCUACUGUACAGUCAUUAUAUAAUGGCUUCGGUUUUGUUUUCUUAAAAGUUUUAUUUUCUAAACUGGAUAUAUUACACAUAAAGGGAAAAGCAAGAUUUUCUUAUCAGCUUUUGUUUACAUUUGUUUGGAUGAAGACUGAAGAAAAAAUAUAAACCUUAAAGGAAACUUGUCUGUGUGUUUUGUGGAUGAGGGAAAAAGCACAUUUCAAUAUAUAAGUUAAAAAAAAAGAUUAUUGUUCACUUUUAAUCAAAAAUUAUAUUCCCUGAGUUUAAUUUGGUGGGAUAAGCUCUUUGUAUGUAAAAUGAUAUGUGUUUGAUCCACCACUGAACAUUUUAAAGUUUCAUUUCGUGUGGAUAAUCCCAGUUUUACCAGGAACAAUUCAGUACCACGAAGAGAUUUAGGGCUGAUAUUUCCAACCUUCGAAGGCAUCGAAGCUGAAAUGUAUUUUGCUUGGUAAAUUUCACAGAAAUAGUUCAUUUUUAAUAGGGUUGGAACAAAAAGAAAAGCCAUCUAAAAAAUGUAAAACAAUGUGUAUAUACGUAUGUGCUUUAAUUAUUGAAGGACAUAAACUUAAUUUUUCUAUUUCUAAAUUCCACCAAGAGGGGGAGAAUAAAAUUAGACCCAUUUGCUCACAUUUUGUGUGUUAUGGUUAAUCUCUUAGAUUAUGGUUUAUUUUGUCCCAACCUAUGGCACUUCAAUUGUUUUUGUUGAUUUUGAACUGCCAAAUCACUUUUUAGAUGUUUAUAUGUUCAACUUCCUAAAAACCUUCCAUUUUUAUUAUAAUAGAUGUAGUUUUGGGUAAACUGGGAAAUUUAGUCUUACAAAAUCUCUCAAAACACAAGUAUUUACUAGUGAAAAUCUGAGAGAUUAUUUAGCCACAAAUUAGAUGUUUCAAUAUUUGUUGGAAAUUAGUAUAAAAAUACAAUUUUUAUAAAUUUAUUUUAAUAUGGACUCAUAGUGAGACUUAACAUAUGGGUACCAUAAUGAAAUAUUCAUGAACUAUAUUAAGAUAAUAGAAUAUUAAUAUUUUUAAAUUUAAUAUGACAAAUAUCAGUCCAAGUAAGAUUCUAUUAAGAUGGUCCACAGGUCCAUGGAGUGUGUGAUAAUACUUGCCUUCCAUUGUAUGGUUCCUUAAUUUGAGUCACAUAGACUGAAAGCAACUGAAUGAAACACUGGUAAAUAUUAAACUGUGUAAAGUGAAUUUACAAAUUAACUUGCUAAAUCUGUGUCUAAAGACUUUCCUGAGAGGCCUUUCUUAAUUUUAUUUUAUGGGUCCUUAAAAGAACCUUUAGGUUAAUAAGUUUAUUCAAGCCUCCAGAUUCCCAGUACUGGAUGUUAUAAAUAUGAAAUAGUAAAAAUAGGCUAAUUUGAAAAUGAUUAUGAAUUGAGGUAUUUGAUAUCUGGCUUUCGAAACAUACAAAACUGGAGGGGUAUUUUGCCCACUUUGGCAGAUGUACCUGACUGCUCACAGCUAGCUGGCUUUGUUGUAACUACUUUGCUUUAUUGAUGGGGUACACAUGGUUCAGUAUUUUUAUCCCAAGAAUUCAUAAAUCUGUUCAGAAUUUUUUUUAAAAAAACAAUUGAUAUUUAUCAACUGAGAUUAUGUAGGACAUUUGCCUGCUGAUCUAUUGGAACAGAAAAGAUUACUCUGCCAGAUCUCAAGAUGGUCAGGUGUGAAUUACUUUUAAAACUUAUACAAGCAAGUAAAAUCUCUUGGUAACAAUUCACAUUGCACUAGAAUUUGAAUAAUAUUUAAAUGUUGGCAUUUCUGUUUUUCAACUAGUUGUACAUAAGAUCUCUCACACACAUAUACACAUAAAUGGAAUAUGUAAUGUUUUAAAGUUUGAGUUAUUUGAUAUCAUUGAUAUGGUACUAAGUUGUAUAGCAGAGUAACAAAACCUUGUGAUUUGACAAUAAAUCUUACACAAUAUUACCUCUGUAAUAUUGUUUAGCCUGUAUGUCUUUUUUUAAGUUGUUUUUGUCUCAUUGCUACUUUAAAUGUUUUUGGUAAAAUAGUGUAAUAUGAAAAGUUCAAUAAAAUGUUGAAGUAAAACCAGUA